AUGGGCAAGAAGAGAGUUUUGGUCAGCUAUGGUGUCGACAUUGAUGCUGUCGCCGGGUGGCUUGGUUCUUACGGAGGUGAAGACUCGACCAGCGACAUCAGUAGAGGGAUAUUCGCCGGCACCGUCGGUGUGCAACGACUACUUAAGCUGUUCGACAAGUACAACAUCAAAGCAACAUGGUUCAUCCCUGGACACACGCUCGAGACAUUCCCCGAAGAUUGUGCAGCAAUCAGAGACAAAGACCACGAGAUUGGAUUGCACGGAUACAGUCAUGAGAACCCGAAUGACAUGACAAUCGACCAACAACGCGAUGUGCUGGACAAGACAUAUAAGAUGUUGACCGAGUUCUGCGGCAAGCCUCCGAAAGGCAGUGUCGCUCCGUGGUGGGAGACCAGCCGUGAAGGAGCAGAGUUGUUGCUUUCAUACGGCAUUGAGUACGACCACUCGAUGAGCCACGAAGAUUGCCAGAUGUACUGGCUGCGCACAGGUGACUCGUGGACCAAGAUCGACUACACCAAAAAGGCCGACGAAUGGAUGAAACCCCUAGUCAAGGGCGAAGAGACGGGCAUUGUCGAGAUCCCAGCCAACUGGUACAUCGACGACCUACCACCGAUGAUGUUCAUCAAGAAAGCAGCAAACAGCCACGGCUGGGUCAGCGCAAGAGAUGUCGAACAACUGUGGAUGGAUCACUUCGAUUACUUCUACCGCGAGCACGAUGAGUUUGUCUUCCCCAUGACGAUCCAUCCAGAUGUCAGUGGAAGGCCGCAUGUUUUGUUGAUGCACGAGAGGAUCAUUGAGCACAUCAACAAGCAUGAAGGUGUGGAAUGGGUCACGAUGGGUGAGAUGUCGGAUGAGUUCAAGAAGAAGAACUCGGCGCCGCCAAAUGCAUUGAUGCCGGCGACACCAGAAGAGGUGGAGGCGAUGCUGAAGAAGCAGAAGAAGUAG